AUGUCAACAGCCGGCGAGCCCGCUGCGCAAGCAGCAGCGGUCGUUAAUGAUGCGCCGACAUUUACUUCCUUGGCGCCGACAAAACCCUUCGUGUCGACACUCCGCUAUCCUAGCAACCGGAAGACCAUCUACGACCGAAACCUCAACCGAACGAAGACAACAGAGAUCUCGCUCGCGUCCUUUGCCUAUCUUUUCAACAGCUUGAUCACUUAUCACCACGCGAAAUCCGGCUCCGUGAGUGAAAUCGAAACCCGACUGAAUAGAGCUGGCUAUCCGAUUGGCAUCAAGCUGCUCGACCUUCUCCUCUAUCGAGCCCCACCACGAACAGCCAGUCGAUCAACACGUCUGCUCGACCUCUUGCAAUUCAUUCAUGGCACCCUCUGGCGGUCUUUAUUCAAUCGUAGCGCCGAUGCUCUCGAACAGAGUAACACUAAGAAAAACGAAUACAUGAUCGUCGACAACGAGCCGAUUGUCAACACUUUCAUCAGCAUCCCGAAAGAGAUGAGUCAGCUCAAUUGCGCGGCCUUUGUGGCGGGUAUGAUCGAGGGCAUGUGCGAUGCCGCAGGAUUCAGCACGGAUGGGGUCAGCGCUCACUGGGCCGGCGAAGGAGACGAGAUGUGGCCCGGCAAGACCAUUUUCCUCCUACGAUUCAAGGACAGCGUUGUGGAACGUGAGGAGGCUAUCAAAGCGAGCGGAGGAUGA